GGUGUCACCAACAAUCAUGGACUAUGUGAGCUGACUGUUAAUACAUAACCUGAUGCGUGGUAGCAAAUAGGUACAAGCUAAAAGUGCAUAGGAAUGCGUCGUUGCUGGAGUCGCAUUCAUGUAAUCAAUGUGUAUUUACGCAUGACGAAUGCUGCCACUUGUUUCAAGGCUGCAAUGUAUACCAUAUGGUUACCCUUCCAGCGCGCUCGAUCCAGGCCAGGUCGCGAGUGAACAGAUGGGCAGUUUCAUGGCUGUGGAUCGACGCUUCCAUGUCACGUGCCCCGCUAAGCGGCGCUCCCCAUGGAUCGGGCAAGGUUCGACUGGGCUUCACGUAUCGCAUCACUACGCUCUCUAUUCUUCACAGCGCUGCAGUUGGACCCGCCCACAGUCUGUCUGGUACAAUUGAGACUGAUUGCCCUCCUGCGCGCCCUUUGACAUCCUCAGCUGCCUACAAGCCCGCCGGGAUAUCAAUACGAGCCCUUUGCCCGAGGCCUUUAUUACCAACACGCCCCCGACCCCCCAGAAGCCGCCCCCCUCGCUCGCUGUCGAGUCCCCGCUCCAACAUCUCCCUCACUCGCGACCCGCCGGGCUGUCGAUACAUGGUAUACGGGUGCCGCGUCUGUUAGCGCGUGCUCAUGUCGGAGAGUCAGCCGGGCGCCCAUGUUAAAACGAAGAAGAUCGCGUGCCCGAACCCUUCCUCCCACCUGACGCCCU